UCUUCCAUAUCUCUCGGCCUCAUGGCUUCUUCUUCGUCUCAUAUGAGGAGAUACCAUGUCUUUCCAAGCUUUCACGGUCCAGAUGUCCGUAAAGGAUUUCUCAGUCAUUUACACAAUCACUUCGCAAGCAAAGGUAUCACCACUUUCAACGAUCGGGAGAUCGAGAGAGGCCAUACGAUUGGACCUGAGCUCGUGCAAGCUAUUAGAGAGUCCAGAGUCUCGAUCGUGGUGCUCUCGAAGAGGUACGCUUCUUCCAGCUGGUGUUUAGAUGAAUUGGUUGAGAUCUUGAGGUGCGAACAAGCUUUGGGGCAGAUCGUGAUGACUAUUUUUUACGAAAUCGACCCGUCUCAUGUUCGGAAACAGAGCUGUGAUUUCGGGAGAGACUUCACGAAAACUUGUCAAGGGAAGACUGAGGAAGUGAAGCAGAAAUGGAUCCAAGCUUUGACUCAUGUCUCAAACAUAGCUGGAGAACACUCUCUUAAUUGGGCUAAUGAAGCAGAGAUGAUUGAAAAGAUUUCUAUGGAUGUUUCAAGUAAACUGAAUGCUAGACCGUCUAGAGAUUUUGAGGGUAUGGUAGGACUUGAAGCUCACUUGAAUAAACUGGUCUCUUUGUUAUGCCUCGGGUGCCAUGAUGUGAAAAUGAUUGGCAUUUGGGGUCCUGCAGGAAUUGGUAAGACUACUAUUGCUAGAGCUUUAUUUAGCCGAAUUUGUAGCGAUUUCCCACUUAGUUGUUUUAUGGGGAACCUCAAAGGAAGUUAUAAGAGCAUAAUUGGUGGUGUUGAUGAAUAUGCUUCCAAGUUGUGUUUACAAAGCCAACUUCUGUCCAAGAUUUUGAACCAAAGGGAUAUGAGGGUAUAUAAUUUAGAUACAAUAAAGGAAUGGCUACAAGAUCAAAGAGUGCUUAUCGUUCUUGAUGAUGUAGACGAUCUUGUGCAAUUAGAGGCCUUGGCUCAAGAGCUUUCUUGGUUUGGUUCUGGAAGUCGAAUUAUCAUUACCACUGAAGAUAAAAGGAUUGUAAAGGCACAUGAGAUUCAUGAUAUUUACCAUGUGGGUUUUCUUUCCAAAGAGGAUGCUCUUAAGAUCUUUUGUCUAUCUGCUUUCAAGAAAAGUUCUCCAUGUCGUGGAUUUGAAGACGUUUCAAGGAAAGUAGCAAAGGUUUGUGGUAAUCUUCCAUUAGGCCUUUGUGUUGUGGGUUCAUCUUUGCGUGGUGAGACCAAAGACGAGUGGGAACUUCAACUAUCUAGUCUAGAAACUAGUCUUGAUAGAAAAAUUGAGGACGUAUUAAAAGUGGGAUAUGACAAAUUACUGAAGAAGCAUCAAGGUAUAUUUCUCCACAUAGCUUGCUUCUUCAAUAAUGAGGAUGCUGGUCUUGUGACAUCUAUGCUCGCUGACAGUAACUUGGAUGUCAAAAAUGGGUUGAAGAUCCUAGCCGAUAAAGCUCUUGUCCAUAUAUCUACCGAUGGGAAGAUAGUGAUGCACUAUCUACUCCAGAAAUUGGGUUGGCAGGAAGUUGUUGAACAGUCUAGCGAGCCAGGAAAACGUCAGUUUCUAGUGGAAGCUGGAGAUAUUCUCAAUGUUCUGGCAAAUAGAACAAGUGCUGAAUCUGUCAUAGGUAUAUCUUUUGAUAUGUCCAAGACUGGGGAGUUGUUUAUAAGUGCGCGAGCGUUUGAAAAAAUGCGUAAUCUCCAAUUUUUAAGAGUUUGCAUGUGUGGUUCCAAUGCAAAUGUUAACUUGGGUACACUAGAGGAAUGUCUACCUCGUUUAGAAGACAUGGACUUUCGCUCUCGUCUAAGGUAUCUAUAUUGGAGUUCAUACCCAGGAACAAAUCUUCUUCCAACAUUUCGGUCUGAAUUUCUCAUCGAGCUCAAUAUGCCAUCAAGCAAACUCGAGAAGCUAUGGGGAGGAAUACAGUCCCUUGUGCAUCUGAAGAAGGUAAAUCUGAACUUUUCUUUUAAGUUGAAAGAGAUCCCAAAUCUUUCGAAAGCUACAAAUCUGGAGACACUGACGCUUAUACAAUGCAUGAGUUUGGUGAAGUUUCCUUGCUCUAUCUUGAAUCUACACAAAUUAAAAACAGUGAGGAUGUGGGGUUGCAAAAAGCUACAAGUUUUUCCAACAAACAACAACAACUUAGCAUCUGUUGAGACAUUCGACACAAACCAUUCCUCACGAUUGAGAAGUUUUCCAGAUAUUUCUAGGAACAUCAAGAAUCUCUGUGUAGGAGGUCCAUCAAUUGUUGGUCCUUGGUCUCAUCCCAAAAGGCUCGUUGGUAGAGACCUCAAGAGAUUAACACAUGUUCCAGAAAAUAUAAGGAAGCUAGACUUAAGCGGUAGUGGUAUAGAGAGGAUUCCAGAUUACGUCAACGGUCUCCAUUGGCUACAAACUCUUAUCAUCGAAAACUGUAGAAAACUUGUGUCAGUGGCGGAUCUCCCUUUCUCGCUCAAGUCCCUACACGCAGACAAUUGUGUUUCACUUGAGAAAGUCGAAUUAUUUUCAGUCAGGGAACUCAUGUUCCGUAACUGUUUGAGGCUCAAUGCUGAAGGAAGAAGACAGAUCAUACACCAUUUGAAAGCCAAGUAUGUUUGCUUACCGGGUAAAGAACUCCCUGUGGAGUAUACUCACAAAGCUACAGGAAACUCCAUAACCAUCUCCCCAGGGAGUGCUUCAUCAAGAUUUAAGGCUUGCCUCCUGCUUUUGCCAAUCAAGGACAACGCACUUCUUCAUGUAACUUGUCAUCUAAGAAACAAAGAAGGUGUGGUCGUUAACCAGAUAAACUAUUUGGCAUUGACUUCAGAGCAGCCUCCGCAAUUUCAAUGGCAGCAUCUUUUUAUACUUGGUGGUGACUUGUUACCUCAACAAAACGGAAGCCCUGAAGUGGAUGUGAAUACAAGUGAGAUUCUGUUUGAGUUCACCUGCUCAGAUAACCACAAGAUUAUUGAGUGUGGUGUACUGAUCUUGAAAGAUGGAUAUGAUGACUAUUUGGGCUGUGAACCUAAAGCUGUAGGCGACAUCUGCCACCGAAAUGUUGAGGUGUCUAAAGUUGAGGAUGUGGAUAGCACUACACACACAGGCUGCUGGAGUUGCUUCAGGAAGCUUGGUCCAAGAAAAUAAAAACAAACGCUCCAUUCUGAUUUGUACGCAAGUUCCAAGCCAAAACAUAUAUAUGUAUGCUCCUAAGGUUUCCCACACACUUAGCCUCCUUGAGGAGUACAACAGGUUGAGCCCUUUGAACAACCAAAGCCCAUGUCAUUCCCUCUGUCUGCAAAAUGUUUGAUUUACAGGAAUAAGACUUGAAAAAGUCGUCAGGGGAAGAGGGAAAAAUGAAGACUCUGCGUCACAUUUCGAUUGUUUGUAGUGCCUCGUUGCAAAGCAAGUGUGAAUCAUUGACGGUAUUUGCUGAAAUUGUGUGAAACUGGAGGAAUCAAGGAGAGUAAUCUUGCAUGUCUUUAAUCAGAUGUGUCAACUCGUUCUCUAGAAGACCAUCGGUUUUAUAUUAUUUGGUGGUGACUUGUUUCAUCAACAUGAGUCUGUUUCGAGUUCACUGACUGUAAGCGACACCAUUGUAUUAGGGUUAGUCUGUGUGUAUGUUACACUGAUUAUCCAAACCUGUUUGUUCAAUGUAAUUUAACAAGGAA